CGUCGCGCCACCUACCGUAAGUCAUGAAAAAUCCCGUGAUUGGAAAAAAUUAGGGUUUUGAGAAGUGGGCUCAUCUAAGGACAUCGACAUGGUGAAAAUGGCAAAUCAAACCUAUACAGUGCCAAUUGUGCCACCAGAUUUACGAAAAGAAGAAACUAUCAAACAAAUAGCUGAUUCAUUAGACUACUUAGAUAAAAUUGCAAAUGACAUAUUUAAUAGAAUCAGUUCACGAGUGAGUGAUAACCAUACCAGGUUAAAGACAAUCAAAGAUCGUGUCGAAUUAGCGCAGGUGAAAGUUGAGAAAAUCAGAGGAAGCAGUAAAGCCACUAAAGUUUUCUCAAGUGCUAAAUACCCUUCAGCACAAGAUGAAGUCCCAUAUGCAUCUGUGUUCAAAGAUGAAACAAAUCUUCAACAGAUCAAGCAUACUCACUACAAACUUCAAAGUAAACCACCAGUCGUAGAUGAGCGAAUGUUGAAAGAAAAGUUGCAGUUUUAUAAUGUACAUUUGAAUAUAAAGCAAAGUGAAAAAGAAGCUGAUCACGAAGGUUUGGGACGUCUACCGCAGAAUAUAUCAUCUGUCAGUUCCCUGCUGCUCUUUAAUACAACCGAAAAUCCCUACAAGAAAUAUGUGAUGCUGGACCCAUUGGGUGUUGUGACGCGGACAAGAGAUGCUGAGAAUGAUGAUGAGGAUGGCCUUGCUGCAGCCCCAGAGACAAUUCUUCAUGGAGAAGAGAUGCAAAGGGCUCAAGGAGAAAACUAUUCCUACAUUCCAAAUAUUGGAGAAGUACCAGAGAUCGCUGUGCCAGACUUCCUUCCUGAUUUAUUAGGUGUGGCGGAUGAUGUAACCUUCAGUGGUGAGCAAGGAAUAUCAAUAGCGCCCUCUGUGUUUGGAAGUAACCUACCAGACCUUCCUUCAGUUAUCCCGGAUUUGGAUCUACCCUCAGGCCCUGUGGGUGGAGGUGCCUUAGACCCUGUGGCUGCACCCCCAGGGCCUGGAGCACCACCCCCUCCCCCACCCUCUGCACCUCCUCCCCCUCCAUCAGGUCCUCCCCCGCCACCCCCUCCCCCACCUGGUGGAGCACCACCUCCGCCCCCACCCCCUGGGCCACCCCCACCUGGACCGCCUCCACCCCCAGGGGAUGCGCCUGACCCUGAUGAUGCUAAACCUGAAAAGAAGACUCCCUCCUCAUCAGGGGAUGGGAGAUCAGACCUUCUGUCUGCUAUUCGAAAUGCUGGAGGUGCCGGCAAAGCCAAACUACGCAAUGCAAAAGAUCGUAAAGUUGAACGUAAGAAAGAGAAAGAGGAAAAAGUUGCUCAGAGUUCAAGUGGUGGUGGUGACUUAAUGGGGGAUCUCAUGGCCAAGCUGACAAUGCGUCGUAAAGGUAUAUCCGGUUCAGGCCAAGGUGGCGGAUCAGGGGGUGGUAGCUCUGCUCCAGAACCAUCAACAGGGGGUGGCAGCACUAUGGAUAAAAUAUCUUCUAUGAUUCCGCCCCCUCCCAAGCCAUCAGGCGCUCCAUCUGCAGGAGACGACGAUGACUGGGAAUGA